UAAUCCGGUUGACCUGCAGGUGGCGAUAGAGAGUCGGGCAGAAUCUCGCGAAUGACGUUGUUCCGGUUUUAGCGUGCUUGAAUGGCGCAGCGGGGAGAAUAACAUCCAGCAUGUCGAAGAGGAAAGUGACAUUUGAGGAUGGAGAUGGGGAGAUUACUUUGGAAGAUGUUCCGAAGAAGAAGAUUGUUGAUGGUGUGAGUGGCCCAGGAUGCAGAUUUAAGGAGAAACACUCUUUGGACAGUGAUGAGGAAGAUGAAGGAGAGGAUGGAGAAAAUAGCAGCAAAUAUGACAUCCUUGCCAGUGACGAUGUGGAAGGUCAGGAAAUGGCAACUAUUGACUAUGAGGAGGGUGUACGCAUUACCCCUUUUAAUCUCGUCGAGGAAAUGCAGGAGGGACACUUUGAUUCAGAGGGAAACUAUUUUGUCAACAAAGAGAAAGAUAUCAGAGACAACUGGCUGGACAAUAUCGACUGGGUGAAGAUAAAAGAGCAGCCCAUGAAAAAGAAGAAAGGCCUUGCAGCUAAGCGGAAGAGAAGAAUUGGUGAUGAAGACGAAGCAGAAGAGGAAAUAAAACGUGAGGAGCAGCGGAAAGACAGUGAGGAAGAUGAAGAGGAGGAGAAAGGACCUGCAGAAGACCCUCUGGCUACGUACAGCCAUUAUCAGCUCACAGAAGCCGUCAUUGAGCUGAUGCUGCCUGGAGAAACAGUGGCUGCUGCUCUGAGAAGACUUGGCGGUCUUGGAGGACAGAAGAAGAAAGGGAGACUGAGAGAAGGGGAGGAGGAGAAAAAAGAGACUUCGAACAGAGAUGCUGGUAAACUGGACAAACUGACAGCAUUGGCAGAUAGACUGGUGGGGAUUGGAGAUUUUGAAAUUUAUCAGCAGACUUAUGAAAAACUGGCCUACAAGUUGAAGGGGAUGACUCGAGGAAAGGCAGCCAGAACACUAGAGGAUGAUGAAGAGGAAAAAGAUGAGCUAGACAUGUUCGCUGAAGAGUAUGAUGAGAAGCAUGCUGCAGAAAAGGAUGAGGAUAAAGACAACAGCAGAAUCAGUGAUGAGGUCAUGUGGGAGUACAAAUGGGACAAUGAGGAAAACUCUGAGCUUUAUGGGCCCUUCAGUAGCCAACAGAUGCAGGACUGGGUGGAUGAAGGCUACUUCAAGGAUGGAGUGUACUGUAGGAGGAUUGACCAAGAAGGUGCCCCCUUCUACAACUCAAAGAGAAUAGACUUUGAACUUUAUACAUGAUCUGUUGAUGAGUGAUUUCACUGAUUUUAAUUGAUUUCUUCUGCCCGUCUGAAAGGGCUUCUCUGAAUAAUUGUUUACUCUUCAAUAAUUGUCUUUGUCUUAUAUACACACAUACGCUAGUAUGUGCGCCUGUGUUUGAUACAUGUGUUUUAAAAUAAAGACUUUAUGGCUGGAUGAUAAUCCAACCUGGUGUUCUGGCGAAUGUUACAACUAUUCUGACGCAUGCACGUUUACUGGAUACACAAUUUUAAAGAGUGCCGCUAUUUUGCUUCACGCAAGAUUCAAUAUUCAAACCACGGGGCUCCACAUAAACC